UAAAUAAUUACAGUAACCAAUUUGUUGAGAUGGGACAAUUCAUAUUCAAACUACAAACGAUAAUUCAUCCCUUCUUUUAUAAUUUUCCUAACUUCCUGCAACCUUCAAGUUUCUCUCUCUACACCUCUCCCAAUCUCUCUCUCUCUCUCCACGGAGCGGAUUCCUCGUCCAAUUCGCAGACGCCGGCGAGUGAGUCCACUCGCUGUCAAUUGCAUUUUCGGUAAUGUAACAAAUUGGUUAUUCUAUUUUGAACGUGACUCGCAUCGCAUCGCAUCGCUUCGAUCCCGCAGUUUGACUCGGUCCUAGAGCUACUGUGUGAAUGCGGAAACUAUAAUUUAGUUUGGUUGGUUAUUUUUCAUCCUUCGGAGAAUACGGAGGCGUGGGAUAUACAUUUGGCGGAUGAGAUGGUGGAGGGAAGAGUUUGUUCUUCUAGAGAAGCUAAACUUGAAUUUUUAAAGCAUAAAAUGCUAAAAAGGAGGAAAAUAGAAGCAGAGAAUGAAUCUUACAUUGUUAGCAAGACCCUGAAUAGGAGUGGUGGUGAUGCUUUACGAACUUCUUCUCCUUGCGGUGAUAGUUUGCACAAUCAAGCUGACCUAUAUUCAAGAUUUGGCAACAGUGCCACUAAGAAUAAUGUUUUCUCAAAGAGAAAAGUGGCUAAGUUUGACACUUUAGACCUUGAAUGGACAGAGAAAGUUCCAGAGUGCCCGGUUUAUCAUCCAACUAAAGAAGAAUUCCUGAAUCCCUUAGUGUAUAUCCAAAAAAUAGCUCCAGAUGCCUCUAAAUAUGGUAUUUGCAAGAUCAUAUCCCCUGUAAGUGCUUCUGUUCCUGCUGGUGUGGUUCUUACAAAAGAGAAGGCUGGUUUCAGUUUUACAACUAGGGUACAACCACUUCGUUUUGCAGAAUGGGAUACUGAUGACAGGGUCACCUUUUUCAUGAGUGGGAUAAACUACACAUUUCGUGAUUACGAGAGAAUGGCAAACAAGAUUUUUGCUCGUAGUUAUGGUAGUACUGGAGGCCUUCCUGCCAAAUUCAUGGAAAAAGAAUUUUGGAAUGAGAUAGCUUGUGGAAAGACUGAAAGUGUCGAAUAUGCAUGUGACGUUGAUGGAAGUGCAUUUUCAUCAUCUCCGACUGAUCCGCUUGGAAACAGCAGAUGGAAUUUUAAGAAAAUUCCUCGGCUGCCAAUAUCUACCUUGCGUCUUCUUGAAACAGAAAUCCCGGGUGUCACUGAACCUAUGCUUUACAUAGGGAUGCUGUUUAGCAUUUUUGCUUGGCAUGUGGAAGAUCAUUACCUUUAUAGCAUCAAUUAUCACCAUUGUGGAGCUGCAAAAACUUGGUACGGAAUUCCCGGUCAUGCAGCUACUGCUUUUGAAAAUGUGGUGAAGGACCAUGUUUAUGCCCAUGAUAUCUUACCUGGUGAUGGGGAGGAUGGGGCCUUCGAUGUUCUUCUAGGGAAGACAACUCUUUUCCCACCAAAUAUAUUGUUAGAACAUGAUGUCCCUGUUUAUAGAGCCGUACAGAACCCCGGGGAGUUCGUAAUAACUUUCCCUAGAGCUUAUCACUCAGGAUUUAGUCACGGUUUUAAUUGUGGUGAAGCCGUUAAUUUUGCAAUGGGUGAUUGGUUUCUCUUGGGAUCAAUAGCAAGUCAGCGCUACGCUCUGCUCGGAAGGAUGCCUCUCCUUCCCCAUGAGGAACUUCUGUGCAAAGAAGCAAUGCUACUACAUUAUGCAAGAUCCGAACAUGAUAAACCAGAGUACACACAUGGAGAUUUGAUAUCACAGAGAAGCAUAAAGGUUUCUUUUGUUAAUUUGAUCCGAUAUCAGCAUUAUGCCAGAUGGUGCCUGAUGAAAUCAAGAGCAUGCACAACCGUUUCCUCUUUUUCCCAUGGAACAAUUCUCUGCAGCCAGUGCAAACGUGAUUGUUAUGUAGCAUAUCUAAACUGCCAGUGUUACUCGCACCCUGUAUGCCUCCACCAUGAUAUCCGAUCACUUGAUUGGCCUUGUGGAGGGAAUCCGACGCUUGCUGUAAGAGAAAACAUUGUUGAAAUGGAAGUAGCAGCCAGACAAUUUGAGGAGGAGAAGGAUAUAUUGCAGGAGUUCGAGGAGAAGUAUGGGAACAGCAAUGACUUUGGUUUACUGUUCCGCAUGUUCUCGCGAUCUGAAAAUGAUAGCUACAUCCCUUAUGGAAAGAUUUCUCUUGUAUCAGAUGAAGAAAUAUCUGGAUACCCAUCUGUUUUAACCAGUUGCAGCGAAAAUACUAGGACUGAAAUCACGGAUGCAUCUGUUUCCUGUAUGUCAUCGUCGAAAUCAACUAAAAGCCUCAACAUGAUUGCCAAAUCUGGACAGGACCAUGGGAACUCCAACUUGGAGACUGAUAUAUAUGCAAUGCCUUUUGAGUAUUCCCAACCCUUGAACAGAAAACCUAGAUCAGAAAGGAAAGUUAUUCAGGCGGUGAACACUAGAAAUGCAAUCUAUGAAGACGAGUCAGAUUUUGAAAUGUUCAGGGUUAAACGAAGAUCUAAGAGCAAGAUGGAAAGAAAAACUGCACGUGAUUUUACAUCCGUAAAGACUGCCCAGCAGGGUUUCAAGCGACUAAAAAGGCAGCAACUGGAAGUUCAGUGUGGGAGCUUAACAUCAUCAAACUAUCCUAUCCCUGAUGAUCAAAGUCGUCAUUCUGUUAUGAGCUCUACUGAAUCUAAAGAAGCUACGGUUAAUUCUAAAUCAUCCGUAAGACACACCUUUCCUUCCAUUAAGUUCAAGAAAAAGCCUAAUGAGGAUUUAGGUGGAAAACUGCACGGAGAUCAGAGGCAUCGCCAUGAGUCAAGAGAAACCCAAAAGCAAGAGCGACAUAAAGCCAAGAGUAAUGACAGUUUUAGGUGGUGAUAUAAAAUGGAAGUGAAUUAGGUGAUAGUUGCUGAAUUUGACUGGGUCUGCAGCUGAAGAAUCUUCAACCUAGCUAACUCGGCUAAUGAUAUUCUUAUUCGGGAAUCUAACAACAGAGGAAAGUUAGAAAUACAUAUUGAUGAAGCAGUGACAUGAAGUUAACCAAAUAUUAGAAGUUAAGUCAUUCUUUGUGCAAGCUCCAAUAUGGGACAAAUUGCACAGUGAUUCUUUUGCGAUUCUCGGCUGGGGUUUUAAUCUUUGGCAGGAGAACUCUCUUAGGUACAUACCAACAGAUAGUUUUUUAGGUCAGUUCUUUUUAACCUUAUACAUUUGUUCAUGUGUAGGCAAUUCCCAUUGAUGUUGUCUCACUUUUGCUGCUUCCAUUGUAGGCUUCUGUUAUUCUUUCUUGUAGCUAUUGACAUUAGACUACGUCAACAAAAUUUGAGAAAUUCCUUGUUUCA